AUGGGAAUCCGCACAUCUACCGACGAGCUGCAGGACAUAAAGGAGCAGAUCUCUCACCUCGCCGACACCAUAGCAGCCAUACGGGACGGCAGCGCGCGCGCGGAGCACCAGCGUGCCGCAGCGCAACCCCAGCAACUGCGACAGAGAAUCUCCUGCCAGCGUUCCAAGAUACAGCGACACACCUUGACAGCACUGGGAGCACUCCCAACCCCGGACUCCCGAUUUCACCUGGACAUUGUUGGCCCACUACCACCCUGCCACGGACAGACUUAUCUGCUAACAUGCGUGGAUAGAUUCACCAGUUCGGCGGAGGCCAUCCCUAUCGUAGACAACACCGCUGAAACGGUUGCCAGUGCCUUCCUGUACCAUUUGGUUGCCCGCUUCGGGGUGCUUUCCACGAUCACAACGGACCAUGGCCGGCAGUUCGAAUCCGCCCCCUUCACUAGCAUCACUCAGGUCAUCAGUGCCACUCGCAUACGUACAACGGCGUACCAUCCCAUGAGUAAUGGCAUGGUGGAACGCUUUCACUGUCAGCUAGAGGCAGCGCUCACAGCAACCGAAGAACACAGCUGGGUGGAGGCGCUCUCGCUCGGCCUUUUGGGCAUACGGUCCACUCUAAAAGCAGACAUUGGCUGCAGCGCCGCUGAGCUGGACUAUGGCACGACACUCAGGUUGCCAGGGGAGUAUUUGUGCACGGCUCAGACGAGACGCCUACUGCUUCCAGUGGUUGCGCACUUCGUCUACGCGAUGUGA